CAGAGAGAGAGAAAGAAAGAAUGAAAGAAGACAAGGAACGUAUCAUGCUUUUCUUCAUGGAUUAAUUUCCAGAGCUGACAACACAGGAAAAAGAAAAGGUAAGAAAACAGAGAGAGUGAGUCAGAAGGUCGCCUCUCCAAAAAAUGGCGACGACGAAGCGGAAAGGUGGAGCCUCCGGAUCGGAGAGAACGAACCCAAGGGUUUGGCUAUACUCCAUUUUGCUCACUCUUCAAUACGGAGCUCAGCCUCUCAUCUCCAAACGCUUCACCGGACGUGAAGUAAUCGUGACUACGUCUGUUUUGACAUGUGAGGUAGCUAAGGUUGUAUGUGCCGUAAUUCUCAUGGUAAGAGAUGGUAGUUUGAAGAAAGUGUUCAGUCAGUGGACUUUGGUUGGGUCGUUGACUGCAUCAGGACUUCCUGCAGCUAUUUAUGCUCUGCAAAACAGCUUGCUGCAGAUAUCUUACAAGAAUCUUGAUUCACUUACAUUUUCAAUAUUGAACCAGACAAAAGUAUUUUUUACUGCACUCUUUACAUACAUAAUAUUGAGGCAGAAACAAUCAAUUCAACAAAUCGGGGCUCUGUUCUUGCUGAUAAUGGCAGCUGUUCUUCUAAGCAUCGGUGAGGGCUCUAGCAAAGGCUCUGGCAGUAGUGAUCCUGAGCAAAUUUUAUUUUAUGGGAUCAUUCCUGUCCUGGUUGCUUCAGUUCUCUCUGGUCUAGCUUCAGCUUUGUGUCAAUGGGCUUCUCAGGUUAAGAAACACUCAUCAUACUUGAUGACUGUAGAAAUGUCAAUUGUUGGAAGCUUAUGCUUGUUGGCCAGCACCACUAAGUCUCCAGAUGGAGAAGCUAUCAGACAGCAUGGAUACUUUUAUGGUUGGACUCCUCUAACAAUGAUCCCAGUUGUAGCGAAUGCUCUAGGUGGAAUUCUCGUGGGCCUUGUCACAAGCUACGCUGGUGGCGUGAGAAAGGGGUUUGUCAUUGUUUCUGCACUUCUUGUAACGGCCUUGCUUCAGUUCUUGUUUGAAGGGAAGCCACCUUCAAUUUACAGUCUUGUGGCUCUUCCACUCGUCAUGAGCAGCAUUUCAAUAUACCAGAAAUAUCCACACCAAGUAAAAAAGAAGGAAUCAUAGUCACCUUGACAGCAAAAGGGAAUUCGUUGAAGUAGCCCAGUAGAUAGAGGUUACUUUUGGUUUAAAAUUUAGGCAUCCAAGUUGUACAUGGAGAAAUGCUGCUCAAUACAGAUUCCUACCAGUAGAUAGAGGUUUCUUUUGGUUUAAAAUCUAGGCAGUCUUCAUUCGAGAACAUUUGAAUUCAACACUGAUUCCUACCAAAAGGAAGAGAACAUGGUAUUGAUUUCCUUUGAGACACGGAUGACUAGAGUUCUUUAGAAUCUCAAUCUAUGUUUUGAAGCCCUUCAAAAUGAAUAUAUUUUCUUGUUGCACGUGUGAA